AUGAUUGAAAUGAAACCCAUUCUUCGGGAGCUUAUUACAGCAUUUAAAUUUACACGAGAAAAAGGCGCCAAACCAUUUAUAGAAACAAAAACUAAAUGGGAUAUCGCCUUGCAACCAAUUGUCAGAGAACUACUUACGGUUCUACCACGGAAAGGUAUCGUGCUCGUUGGAGCACAUAGCGUUGGAAAAUCGACUUUAUCCAGAUUAAUUCAAAGUCGUAUAAAUGCGGUUUUGAUUGACGAGACCGCAAGAACGGUCAUGAAAAAAUUAAACAUGAACGUGGAUCUAAUUAAAAAUGAUCCGGAAAAGUCUUUAAAUCUACAAGCUUCAAUCAUUAAAUUCCAAUGUGAAAGGGAAGAAAAAUUCAAGCAUCAAUGCGCGAUAUAUGAUCGAUCCGCACUGGAUGCUCUCGCAUACGCUAAAUCGUUUGGCGGAAAACAAUGGGAGAGUCUAUUAGAAAUGCCGGAAACAAAUCAAUGUAUCGAACGGUACAGGCAAGAGGAUAAAUAUUUAGUUUUUAUAAUCGAACCACAUAUGGAAUGCUUGAAAGAUGAUGGAAUUCGAAUGAUGUCAAAUAGUUACCAAGAAUGGAAAACGUUCUCUGAUAGUUUCAAAAGUUUAAUGAACGAUUUUAAAAUAAAUUAUCGAAUUAUAAAUGAUCUAGACAUGGAACAACGUUUUUCAAUAGUAUUUCAAGCACUAUUUGGUAUGUGA